UCCCAAGGGUUAGUUUAGCUUAGAACGUCGCCGAGUGCACACCGUGCGCGCUCGACGGUCCGUCCUAGAGCUAGAGGUGGUGUGGUGGUAGUGGUGGUCACUUUGGGAAGCUAGCUAGCUUCCUUCCGGUCUGACCUCCGAGUUCCUCCCUCUUCCUCCCUUCUCCUUCUCCUUCUAUCUCCCCCUUUUUCUUCCCUUCUAUUUCCUUUUCACUUCCUCAUUCGUCCUUCGUACGGCGGAGUUGAUCCGUCUGCCCCGGGAGUAGUGUUCCGGGAAGUGUCCGCGGCCGCGGAUCGUUUUACAUAAUCGCGAGUGGGCGCUCCUCCCCUCCCUAAAGGGAAAGGAAGUGCGUGCGUGUGUGCGUGCAACUUCCGGUUACGCGGAGGAAGAAGAAGAACUUUAACGGACGCUAGGCGCCACCUUUGGAAGUGUGAAGUGUUGUAGGAGAAGAAAAGCGUUGAGCCUUUCGCGAGGUCUCCGCUGCUAUAUUGAAUGGAUUUCCAGUGGUGAACGAGUGACGGAGGAAAAAUCGGAUAAAAUGAGUAAAUUUUAUGCGAUUUUUAUGCUAAUCAUCCUGAUCGCAGUCGAGCCGGGUCAUUGCGUCAAGUGCUACAACUGUGAUUCGACCAGCAAUGAGGAGUGCACCGAGAUCAAGAAGAACUCCGGCAUCGUCCCCGAGACGUGCACUCCCAGCUUGAUGGCAUCGACUACCGGCAAUUGGCUCGCGGACCUGACCCGGAUUGAGUACUUUGGCGGAGCGGAGAUCACGGUGCCCAUGGUUUGCCAGAAAAUCGUGGCCACCAACGAAAACGGCGACACCAUGACGUUCCGCGGCUGCCAGCUGGACGGAGGCAAAACGGACCCCUGCCAGAUCGCGUUCGGCAAGGCGAAGCUCCAGCGUGGCAUCGAAAUCGCCCACUGCUCGAUUUGCAAGGACGACGAGUGCAACGGCGCGGUCACGGUCCGGCCCGGCAGUCCCGCCAUGCUUCUGGCCACGGGCAUCGCCUCGGUGCUGGCCGUGGUCUACACUAGUAAAAUACUCUAUUAAGGUUGUGUACGCUUUCGGUAGUGAAGAAUUAUAGUUGCAGCAUUUCUAGCGAAAAAUUAGAUCGGUUUUUAUAUGACAUACAAUGAUAUUCACAACUUUAAGUGUGGCAAAAUAAAAAUAUUGAAAACAAAUGUAACACUAGCUUUAGACUAUACUUCUUAUCAACCAAACGCAAACGUUAAAUCAACUAAAAAAUCGAGAAAUGUUCUUAAAUGAAUGUUCUUAGAAUUUCACUACAGUAUAAAACUAAUCAAAAAUGACAAAAAUAAAUGCUUUUAAAAAUAAUAUAAAUCAUUACAUAAAAUCGUUGCGACAGAUUCAAUACACAAUAUGAAUAUAUAUAUCGAAGAUAAAUCGCAAAUACGUCCCCGUGAUUUAUUCUCAUAUUCGGUAACUAUAUUCACGCAUAUGCCUUCAACGUUAACCCGAUGGGAUAUGUAACAUUAUCUAGUUCAUAAGAGAUUCGUUCGGUACAUGUACUUUCAAUGAGCUAUGUUUCAAGUGUUGAAAACAUACACAAAUGAAAUAUCCUAACGUUAGGAAAACUUAAAACUAGUUAUAAGACAUCAUCAUCAAUAAAUGAGUACUCAAUCCCCUUAAUAUUUAAGAUAAUAAACCCAAAAAAAAAAACAUAUAUUAUUCAACAUACCUAAUCUACUCAGACUCAGUGGACAA